UACUGAGAGCCGCUUCCACGCAGGACGCUUCAAUUUAACCUUAAUAAGAGCUCGCUGCCACUUUCCGUCAACAUGGACAUCAACUUGAAGACGAUGCAGAAUUCCGUGGGGGUUUAUUCUGUGAACGAAGCGGCUUCCAAGGACUCCUGUCUGAGACGCAUUGGCAGAUGCAUUCCGCUCAAUUACCGCACUGAACUCAUUCAGCUCCUCAAACUCGCGGGACCAGUGAUCAUUUCCCAGAUGAUGAUCUUCAUGAUCAGCAUCGUCAGCAUGGUGUUCUGUGGUCAUUUGGGAAAAGUAGAACUUGCAGCUGUAUCAUUAUCAAUUGCAGUGGUUAAUGUGACUGGUUUAUCCAUUGGAACCGGGCUAUCCUUAACUUGUGAUACCCUCAUAUCUCAGACCUAUGGGAGCGGAAACCUGAAGCGUGUGGGGGUGAUCCUUCAGAGGGGGAUUCUGAUUCUACUGCUGGCUUGUUUCCCCUGCUGGGCUGUUCUCAUCAACACUGAACCUAUUCUAAUCGUAGCCAAACAGAGCCGAGAGGUUGCCAGUCUGUCACAACUUUAUGUGAAGAUCUCCAUGCCUGCUCUGCCGGCGGCAUUUAUGUACCAGCUGCAAGGGAGAUAUCUUCAAAAUCAGGGAAUCAUUUGGCCACAGGUCAUAACCGGCGCAGUUGGGAACAUUUUAAAUGCAGUCAUCAAUUAUGUUUUCCUACAUCUUCUGCAUUUGGGAGUUGCUGGUUCCGCUGCCGCCAAUUCAAUCUCACAGUACGUGUUGGCUGUGGUCUUAUUUAUUUACAUUAAUUGGAAGGGGUUGCACAAGGCCACGUGGGGAGGCUGGUCUGUCGACUGUUUACAAGAGUGGGGACCCUUUGUUAAGCUGGCCAUCCCAAGCAUGCUCAUGCUUUGUCUGGAAUGGUGGCUAUUUGAAGUUGGAGGAUUCAUUGCUGGUAUAAUUAGUGAAAUAGAGCUGGGAGCCCAGUCCGUUACAUAUCAGCUCACAGUUGUAGCUUACAUGUUCCCACUUGGAAUUUCUGCAGCUGUUAGUGUUCGAGUAGGGAAUGCGCUUGGUGCAGGAAACAUUGAGCAAGCCAAGCUGUCAAGCAAAGUUUCCAUCAUCUGUGCAUUUAUCGUGGCCUUUUUUGUUGGUCUUACCAUCACCCUUGCCAAAAGUGUCAUUGGCUACAUUUUCACCUCAGACCUAGAAAUUUUGAAACGGGUUGCUGAAAUCUUGAUUGUUUUCAUCUUCUUGCAUCUUUCUGACGCUGUUGCGGUAAGAAAAAAAAUCCUAUCUGACAUUUUAGGAGAAGUUUUAAAUGUGCUUUGUGUGAACUUGCAACAAUCACCGCAGGGUGUGUGCGGAGGUGUCAUCCGAGGAGUUGGGAAACAAAAGGUUGGUGCUCUUUGUAACCUGGUGGGACACUACUUCAUUGGCUUUCCCAUUGGCUUGGCCUUAACCUUUGCGGCAAAAUUGAACAUCCUAGGGCUUUGGAUAGGUCUUACUCUCUGUGUCUUCAUGCAGGCUACUUUCUUACUCGUUUAUCUAUACAAACUAGAUUGGAGUAAGGCUGCUGAAAAGGCUAAAAUUAGAGCCGGGGUCCAGGUCCCCUAUGACGACACGGUCAAGACAGAAGAUUGCAAGUUCGAGUCAAACACCAACCAGGACCCAGUUACUUCUCCUACAUCCAGGUGUGAGAGUGCUUCAGAGGGCCAACAGCUUCCAGAUCAACAUAAAACUGCAACUACCAUAGUCGGCAAUGUUCUCACAGUAAAACAGCUGCUUUUGAAGCGUAGCUUGAUUUUACUUAUCUUUGUUGCCAUCUUAGCAGCCGGAAUUAUCGCCAGUCACUUCCUUGUCAAACUGCUGAAAUGAGCCUCGUGUUGGUUUGUAACGGACAGUCAUUAAGUGAACACUAGAGGACUCAAUAGUGGGUUUAUUAGUUGCUUCUAAUAUCAACUCAUCUCUUAUAUCAUGAGUAAAUCAUCACGAUCAAACCCACGACCAUAAACGUGUCAAUAAUGUAUGUAAAUGCAAUCACUUUGCAUUGUGUUUGGUGUUUAUUCAGCAAUAGUGUUCAUUCUGCACCUUGCUAUGGGCCAAUGAUUGCAAGACUGAAAACUACGUGCAGGCAGAGCGUGCCCAAAAGUGGAGCUUAAACAAAACAAAGCAUUGACUGAAGAAUACACUCCACCUGAGAAAGAAAAGACAAUCAAGCUCUGUGAGUGGGAACAGCAGUUGAACUCUAAACGGCAACUCAAGGAGACAAGUCUUGAUUCAAUUUUGUCAGAUGAGAAACAGGGAUAAACUUGGGUUGCUUAUUUAAUGGAGGAGACAGUUAUGGUGAUAGCAAAUGGGCUCCUAUUGUAAAAAUGUUUUUUUAUACAUAUUUCUAAUAUGUAAUAUGCAUUGUAUGUAUUACAGAUGUGGCAGAUUCAAUUCGUGACAAUUUAUUGUGCAAUUAAAUUUUUAACAUUGUAUUUUACAUCAGAAAGAUUUUAUUCUCAUGAUAAUUUUCUUCAAUUAAAUCCAGAUUACUGUAGAUGCUGUUGUUGGUUUAAAAAGGCUCUUGCUGUAAACCUCUCUGAGAUUUUCCCCCCAAUGUGUCAAUUUAACAUAUUCAGCCUGACUACCUGUUUGCUGUGAAAUCUUGCAAUAAUGACAAUACAUAAAUAAUUCAGACAAAUUCAGUCACAUCCAUGUGCCCCUUCCUUUUGUAAUUAGUUUGUAGUUGAAAAAUCUUGCAUGCAUACAGAUUUUCUUUGGCAUACCGUGAUUUUUCCAUGCAUAAUGCGCAAAAUUUAACUAAUUUAUUGUCCUAAAAUCUGGGGUGCGCAUUAUGCAUGGGUACAACAAUUUUUGAAUAAAAUCUCCCUCGAAAUAAAACUUGA